AACGACGGGCAUCCCGGACAGAGCCACAAGCACAGGGACGCGCCGACAUCAGCCUAGAGCUGCUGACUCAGUGCAUGUUGGACAAGAAGCCCUCCAAGGGGCCAUGGCCCACGCCACCUUUCGACCCGCGCUUCCCCAACCAGAACCAAACCCGCAACUGCUACCAGAACUUCCUGGACUACCACCGCUGCAUGAAGAAGAUGAACCGCCGCGGGAAGAGCGCCCAGCCCUGCGAGUAUUUCUUCCACGUGUUCCACUCGCUGUGCCCCAUCAGCUGGGUGGAGCGCUGGACCGAGCAGAUCAAGUCGGGGACCUUCGCGGGCAAAAUUUGACGGUCUGAGUUCGCGGCUCCUCCGAGAGACCGGCCCCAGGCGCCCCCAUCUCCUCGUCUCCCUGGGACCUGGCCCCGACUCCCCACCCCAGU